AUGUUGUUUCCUCUUUGUUUCUUACUAUCUCUUUCUUUCUAUCUUUUUUCCAUCUCUUUUUUCUCUCACUUUCUUUGUCUCUUUUUCUUUUUCUUUCUGUUUUCUUUUCUUUCUUUUUCUUUCUGUUUUCUUUUCUUUCUUUUUCUUUCUGUUUUCUUUUCUUUCUUUUUUCGUUCUCUUUGUUUCUUUUUCCUUUUCUUUGUUUUUCUUUCUUUUCUUUUGUCUUUCUUACGUUUUCUUUCUCUUUCUUUCCCUUUUUGCUUUCUUUCUCUGUUUCUUUUUCUCUUUCUUUCUUUCUUUUUCUUUAUUCUUUCUUUCUCUUUCUUUCCUUUUCUGUCUUUUCUUUUUCCUUAUUUUUCUUUUUCCCUUUCUUUCUUUCUUUCUUUUAUUUCUUUGUUUCUUUAUCUUUGUUACUUUUUAUUUUUUCUUUCUCUUUCUUUGUUCUUUUUCUUUUUUUUUUCUUUCUCUCUUUCUUUCCCCCUUUCUUUUUAUUCAUUUUAUUUGCUAUUUAAUGUUGUCCCUCUUGGUUAUUUAUUAUUUAAAUCUUCCAUCAUUUUUUUUUCUUCAAAUCAUUUCUCGCUUUCUGAAAUUCUUAUUUUCUUCUAA